AUUCUGGUUCUGGACAGAGGAUGCCGUCGCCGUUCUGCAAAAUCUCUUCAUUUCUUCAUCACCGGACCGAUCCAAACACGGAUCGAUGAUCCGUCGAAUACAACCAAACCGUGACGCAACCUUCCCCGGUUCGGUAUCCUCCGUAGUCACGAGAGUCUCCAAAGAUGUUCACCGGACGUUUUGCUCCGUUUCCCCGCUCAUACGCACGCCUGAACAAUCCGACCCGAACAGCAGCAUCCCUCACCGUCUCCUGUCGAUCCUCACCAAACCCAACUGGCACAAGUCUCCGUCUUUAAAACAAAUGCUCCCGUCGAUACGCCCUUCCCACGUCUCCUCCCUCUUCUCCCUCGAUCUAGAUCCCAAAACGGCUCUCAACUUCUCCCACUGGAUCUCGCAGAGCCCCAGGUUCAAGCACAGCGUCUACUCCUACGCGUCUCUCCUCUCCCUCCUCGCGAACAGCAACAACGGGUACGCGGCGGUCGCGUUCAAGAUCAGGUCCCUGAUGAUAAAGCGAUGCGAAUCGGCUGGAGAUGCUCUGUUCGUUUUGGACAUAUGCAGGAAGAUGAAUAAAGACGGAAGCUUUAUUGUUAAGCUUAGGGUUGAGUGUUACAACACGCUGUUGAAUUCGUUGGCUAGAUUCGGAUUGGUUGAUGAAAUGGAGAAGCUUUAUACGGAGAUGAUGUCGGAGGAGGAAGGUGAGGUUUCUCCGAACGUUUACACUUAUAACAAGAUGGUUUUUGGGUACUGCAAGAUUGGGAAUGUGGUCAAGGCGAAGGAGUAUGUGAGUAAGAUCGUUGAAGCUGGUUUGGAACCUGAUUUUUUCACUGAUACCUCUUUGGUGAUGGGUUACUGUCGGAGUAAGGAUUUGGAUUCUGCUUUUAAGGUUUUCGAGGAGAUGGCUUCGAAAGGUUUCAGGAGGAACGAGGUCGCGUACACUCACCUUAUACACGGUCUUUGCGUAGCGAGGAAGGUCGACGAAGCGAUGGAGCUCUUUGCGAGAAUGAAGGAGGAUGAUGAUGAUAAUAACUGUCGUCCGACGGUUCGGACUUAUACUGUGCUUAUAAACGCGUUGUGUGGAUCGAAACGGAAGUCAGAAGCUCUUGACCUGCGUAAGGAGAUGUCGGAGAGAGGUAUUACUCCGAAUAUUCACACUUACACGGUGCUUAUCAGCAGUUCGUGUGGUGAGUGUAAGUUCGAGGAAGCGAGGGAGUUGCUUGGCGAUAUGGUGGAGAAAGGGUUGAUGCCGAACGUGGUCACUUACAAUGCGCUGAUCAAUGGGUACUGUGAGCAGGGGAGGAUGGAAGACGCGCUAGACGUUGUGGAGUUGAUGGAGUCGCGUAACGUCAGUCCGAAUACGCGCACUUACAAUGAGUUGAUACACGGGUUUGGUAAGAAGAACGUGCACAAAGCGAUGGGGGUGUUUCAUAAGAUGAUUGAGCGUAGAGUGGCUCCUAGCGUUGUCACUUACAACUCGUUGAUCGAUGGACAGUGUAGAUCCGGUAAUUUCGAUAGUGCGUAUAGAUUGCUUAGUUUGAUGAAGGGUAGAGGAUUGGUUCCGGAUCAGUGGACGUAUAAUAGUUUCAUAGAUUCUUUGUGUAAAAGAAAAAGAGUAGAAGAAGCUCGCCAACUGUUUGAUUCUCUCGAAGGGGAAGGUGUGGUAGAUGCAAACGUGGUGAUGUACACUGCAUUGAUCGAUGGAUACUGCAAGUCUGAUAAACUAGAAGAAGCUAAACUGAUCCUCGAGAAAAUGCUGAGCAGGAGUUGCUUGCCGAACACGUCGACUUUCAACGCCCUGAUUCACGGCUUAUGCACCGAUGAAAAAUUAAGCGAAGCGAUGUUGUUAGAGAAGAAAAUGGUGGAGAAGGGUCUGCAGACUACAGUCAUUACGGAUACGAUCUUGAUCCAUAGAAUGCUGAAGGAAGGGGAGUUUGAUCACGCUGAGAGACGUUUCCAGGAGAUGUUGUUAUCUGGGACGACAAAGCCUGAUGCGCAUACUUACACAGCGUUCAUUCAAAGCUACUGUAGCGCGGGGAAGCUGAAAGAAGCUGAGGAUAUGAUGGCGAAGAUGAAGGAAGAUGGUGUUUACCCUGAUUCCAUCACGUACUCGUCUCUGAUUAAAGGUUACGGCGAUCAAGGGCUGACAGAUUCUGCGUUUGAUGUCCUCAAGCGUAUGACUGAUGAUGGUUGUGAGCCUUCUCAUCAUACGUUUUUGUCUCUGAUUAAACAUCUUGUAGAGAUGAAACAUGGGAAAGAGAACGAUCUCUGUCUGACGUCUAAUGUGAUUGAGUUUGACAUUGUUGUCGAGCUUCUUGACAAAAUGGUAGAGCACGGUGUUACUCCCAACGCCAGAUCCUAUGAAAUGCUGAUCAAAGGGAUCUGCGAGGCCGGGAACCUCAGAGUUGCGGAAAAGGUGCUUGAGCGCAUGCAAGAGGAGGAAGGAAUAUCAUCACCGAGUGAGUCUGUUUUCAAUGCUCUGCUUAGCUGUUGCUGCAAACUGGAAAUGUACAAGGAAGCAGCGAAGGUGGUAGAUGAAAUGAUCUGCGUUGGUCAGCUACCGCAACUAGAGUCUUGCAAAAUCUUGAUAUGUGGGCUGUAUAAAAAGGGAGAAAACGAGAGAGGGGUUUGGGUUUUCAAGAAUUUGCUUCGGUGUGGUUAUUAUCAUGAUGAAAUAGCUUGGAAGAUCGUUGUUGAUGGUGUUGGGAAGCAGGGACUGGUGGAGGCGUUUAAUGAACUGUUCACCGUCAUGGAGGAAAGUGGCUGCAAGUUCAGCUCUCAUACAUAUGCGCUGCUAAGGGAAGGACCUCCUAAUAGCACGUAAGGGGUUAUUGUUAAGAGGCUAGUUGCAAAACUUGACCUGAACUCAUGCAAGUAGCUUCGUUUUCCUGUCAUAGUGCCACUGACUAUACAAUAAGGGUCUAAACCAUGAUCCAGGCUUUUAUUCCCGAAAAUCCUGAAUCUUUGAGACAACUGGGGAGUGAAUGUACAGUGAAAGGCUCACUAGCUCACUGCAAUGAAGAGAAGGCAUAAACACAGGACAAACCGUUGAAGCAACCGCUACAAGUUUGACAUGUACUUCUGCCGCGCAGUUGAACCAUUGAUUCUGCAGGGUGUAUCAAGAGUUUGAAAAUAGACCAAAGUUGGCUUUGUUGUUUGAAGAUGUCCGAGGAAGUAGUAGGAUGUCGGGACUUAGGACCAGUUUUUGUUCAGCUGAGGAAAAUUGUUUUCUUUUGGUUUACGAAUAAUAAAUAACAAAAGGUUUUCUGUG